AUGCGUCUUACUAAUGAUGAUGAUACCAAGAUGGUAAAUGAAUGGAGGAAGGCAUCGGCAUAUCUUCUAAACUCCCACAAAUCAACAAAUGCGCCAUCCAACUACCCUCUUAGAGUAGAAGCAACGAGUCCCAAACAACAGCGGCAGCCAAAAGGGCCGGAACCAAAGCCCGGGCCCGAAAACCCGAGGCGAGGCUCGAGUGGGGCCCGCUUCCCGAUGGAGGGCUCGAAGGCGGUGGUGGCGGAGGAAGAAACCAUUGAUGAGCUUGAGGACAAGAGACAACUUGUAUGUGAUAGCAUUCAAGUUGGAGUUGAACAAGUUUUGGAGAGAUGCCCGAGAAGAAAGAUCACUGAUGCAAGAAUCACAACAUUAUCGAUUACGGGGAGGGACUUGCACUUGGAAAAAUUCCACUUCAAAUGGAGUUGGUUACCUACUUAA